AUGACAGAUUCAGGAAAACAUAUAGUGAUUAUAGGUGGGUCGUAUGCCGGUGUGCUUGCUGCUAAAACCAUUUUUGGUCAUAAAGAUCAGUCAGUACGUGUUACUUUAAUAUCACCAUCUACUCAUGCAUUUUUUACUGUGGCCAGUCCUCGUUUAAUUGCAGAGCCAGAAAAAAUCCAGCAAACCAUUUUCCCAUUAGAAGAAACGUUAAAGAAGCAUUCAGGGGGCGUUAAUUACAAAUUUGUUCAAGGCAGAGUGGAAAUUGCCGAUUUUGAUAAUAAUUCGUUAAGUGUUGAAAGUUCUCUGGGCAAGCUGACAAUUGAGUACGAUUACUUAGUUGUAGCUUCCGGCUGUAAGGCUGAUCAUGCGGCAUUUAGAUUGUCGGGGGAUCACCAGGACACUGUUGAUUCGAUCAAGAAGUUGAGUAAAUCAACCAAAAGCGCUAAAAAGAUUAUCAUAUUAGGUGGUGGUCCAACGGGUGUAGAAACUGCAGGUGAAUUAGGUUUCCUUUAUGGUAAGGAAAAGGAAAUUGUUUUGUAUACUGGCCUGGCUGGUCCACUUGAACCUUUAGGCGAAAGCAAGUCUAAGGCAUCCUCUGAUAAAUUGACUGAGUUAGGGGUUAAGGUUGUCAAUAACAAAAGGUCCACUAGCUUCGACGAAAGUGGCGCUCGUUCUAAGGUCAUUUUCGAAGAUGGUUCGUCGGAUGAUGCUGAUGUCGUUAUUCCUGUUUAUGGCUUAAAGCCUAACUCGGAAUUCUUAGAUAAAAAGUUCCUUGAUUCGCGUGGAUACUUGAAAACCGACAAAUAUUUCCGUGUGGAAGGCCAUUCCAAUAUAGUAGGUUUAGGUGAUAUUCUUUCUGUUGGUGAAAAUACCAUCGUAAACUUAACCUAUGCUCAAAAAGCAACUUUUGAGUCGAUUGUUGAUCUUGAAUUCUUUGGUAAUAAGAAUUCUAAACUCAAGCCAUAUUCACCAACUAAAACAACUAUUGUUGUUCCCAUUUCUAGAAAAGGUGGUAUUGGACUAGCAUUUGGCUGGAGCGUACCAAGUUUCUUAGUGAAAUUUUUGAAAUCAAAAGAUUUUAUGAUUCCUAAAGCUGGCGAUGGGUUAGCUUAA